AGGAGUAGCCGCUUCCGGACGUUAGCACGUGGGGACCCUGUGGACUCCUGGCCUAGGCAGCUUCUGAGAUUUGGUAGAAUCCUCGGAGGCCUGCGUGAUGGCUUCUCGGUAUGACAGGGCAAUCACCGUCUUCUCCCCCGAUGGACACCUUUUCCAAGUGGAGUAUGCCCAGGAAGCAGUGAAGAAAGGCUCCACCGCGGUUGGAAUUCGAGGAACUAAUAUAGUUGUGCUUGGGGUAGAAAAAAAGUCAGUGGCCAAGCUUCAAGAUGAAAGGACUGUGAGGAAAAUCUGCGCUCUCGAUGACCACGUCUGCAUGGCUUUUGCAGGCCUGACAGCAGAUGCUAGAGUGGUGAUCAGCAGAGCGCGGGUGGAGUGCCAGAGCCACAAGCUCACAGUGGAGGACCCUGUCACUGUAGAGUAUAUAACUCGCUUCAUAGCGACUCUAAAGCAGAAAUAUACCCAGAGCAAUGGACGAAGGCCUUUUGGUAUUUCAGCCUUAAUUGUAGGCUUUGAUGAUGAUGGUAUCCCAAGAUUGUAUCAGACAGAUCCCUCCGGAACUUACCAUGCUUGGAAAGCAAAUGCAAUAGGCCGGAGUGCUAAAACUGUCCGGGAAUUUCUAGAAAAAAAUUACACAGAAGAUGCAAUUUCAAAUGACAACGAAGCUAUCAAGUUAGCAAUAAAAGCUUUGCUCGAAGUUGUCCAGUCUGGCGGAAAGAACAUUGAACUGGCUAUAAUAAGAAGAGAUCAACCUUUGAAGAUGUUUAGUGCCAAAGAAAUCGAAUUGGAGGUAACUGAAAUAGAAAGGGAAAAGGACGAAGCAGAGAAGAAAAAGUCAAAGAAGUCAAGCUAAUGCCUAGGAUCACUGGGAGCUGACCAUCUCUGCUGAUUAGAGUUUCUUCCUGAGGUUUUAGAAGAAACCAAGGAGUUGGAACCAACCACUGAGUUUUUCUACAUUCAUCUUCAAGAAUGUCAGAUGUUUUCAAGCAUAAGUUAAUGGGAAGAUUUUCUUUAAAAUUCCUCAGUUCCAUAUAAUUCUGAUAGUAUACUGUGAAACUUGCAUAGUAUUAUUGCUUUUCUUCAUACAAGCAAAUUCUAGGGGAAAAGAAGACGAUUUUUAAAGUUAGUAAUGUUUUGAAGUUUGUCUCUUCUCUGUCAGUUAAGGAGCUAGUCAUCUCAAAAUAAACUGAACCAUGAGCUGCAUUUCUUGAUGAAUGGUAAGGACAUCAAUGUGUUGAUGAGGUGUCAACAAUUUGAUAAAAUCUAUAUGUGCUGACUCCAGAGGCUAAAGCAGAAGGAUUGUAACUUAGGCAUUGUGUGAUAGAUGCUAAAAAAUAUAAGGACAAGAAUAAGCUCAGAUUAUUGGUUUUUCUUUUUUAAGAUAGGAUCUCAUGUAGCCCACACUGGCCUUGAACACCCUUUGUAGACAGAGGAUGACCUUGAACUCCUGAUCUUUUUAUCUUCACUUCUCAAUGGAUAAUUUGUGUGUCCCCCCAUGCCCAUCUAGACUUAGUUUUUGUCCUUAUUACUAUAUAGUAGGAAGGUGGACAUUAAGUCACAAUCAUUUUCAUUUGGGAUUAAUGUUGUGAAACUCUUUAUGACUGCCUUCUGUUCUAAUUUAGAGGUUCUAAUAGAGCUUCAAGGCUGCGUUCCAGAUCAUACUCAUCUUUGUUCUUACAGCUUGCCUAGGAUGUGACUUAAUAAAUGCGUAUAAAGUUGGUA